CAUUCUAGAAAACAAAACAGAUCAUCAAAUUUAACAGUUCCUUCUCUUCUUCUCCUCCACUCAAAAAUCUUUCACACAUAAAAACCAAUUCAAAUCAACCAAAAAAAGAAAAAAAAAUCCUCCAAGACAAUAUGCCUAGAUCAUACUACAACGACAACUGCUACUACUCUUACUGGGAUUACUUCUCAAUCCCACUUCAUCUUUUCAUUUUCAUCCUCAUCGUCCUCUUCAUGUUGGGCUUCUCAUGGUACAUAAAUUAUGAGUCCAGGUUCGAGGACAUGAUGAUUCAAGUCAAGCUCUUCCUCAUGCUCGUUCCUCUCCUUCUCCUUAUCCUCGUCCACUGCCUCUCCACCGGCGGCCUUCCCUUCCUCGUUCUGCUUCCCGAGAAGGACUCGCUUCACCGCGCCGGCGGAUCGCCAUGGGGUGUCGCCUUCUUGCUCGUCUUCCUCUUGUUCAUGGUCUCUUACCAGUCUUCGUUUCACGAGCGCUGGUUUCCUUUUGUGGCUAGAUGACGAUAUUUUAGGGUCAAUUAUGUAUUAUAUUAUUAGUUUUGUCAUACAAAUAAGCUAGCUAAUUAUUCACUAAUUGCCUUCUGUUUUGGGUUAAUUAUAUAUGUAGCUUUACUUUUUAAGUUUGUGGACUAUUAUAAACGAAUGUUCUUCGGGAUUAUCUGAAAGUGCAAGUCUUUUUUGUAAUGAUAGGUAGCUUAACUUCCACUAGCAUUAAUUAAUA